AUGCAGGCGGUCCCCGGUCCACGUGUAGGCGAGUCAAAUAUGCCAUGGCUCAUCGCCGUCCCGCUAGGCUACAUGGCUCUGACGUUCGUUUUGGCGGUGUAUAAAACCGUGAAAAUGCGAAGCACUCCCAAGGCGAAACGCAGACGACAGAUCGGGAAGAAUGCUGGCCUCAAUCAGAGCAUUGACGAGUUUUUGCCUGGCAAUAAGGACGCUCUGACCUCCAAGGAGCUCAAGGCGCUCGAGAAAAAGUUCAAUUUCAGCUCCGAUGAGAUUCUUCGCAAGUACAUUCGCUACGUGAUCAACGAAAAGCCCUUUACCCCGGAGACGGUUUCCGGCCUGAUUCACCUUCGGAAAGUGUCUGGUCUUGAUGAUAUUGGGAUUGCCGAGGUGCUCAACGAGAUCUCUCGGAGAAUCGUCAAAGCCAAAGGUCCUGUUGUGAUGGAUACAACUGGUUUCACUGAGAAGGGAGUGCAGAGAAAGGCAGCGGUACAGGGUAUUUUCACAAAGCUCCUCUACUUGUCUGAGCUGGAUGAUUUCUGUGGGCCAUCAGGCCGUGAGAAGCUUGAAAUCAAAAGCAUAUUUGGAGUUACAGACGAGGAUGCUGCAUCAAUCAAGAUUACGUUGCUCAACGACGUUUUACUCGCAGUCUACGAUCCUCUUGUCUUCCGAAGGUCGCGUAUCAACGUAGCAAGUAGCAGUGCGAAGCCGAAUCUGCUUUGUUUCCCAAUCCAAGAGAUAGUGCUAGCUUCAGUUACUAUGGCUCCGAAGGUCGAGGGAGAGCAGAAGGCAGCCAAGAAGGGCCCGAAGAAGGAACACACAGCAAAGAAAUCUCCAGGAGCAGGAAAGAAGCUUGCGGGGGAGAAGGCGGAGAGGAAGAAAGCCCGGAAGGCCGUGACGGAGACAUACAAGAUUUACAUUUACAAGGUUUUGAAACAGGUGCAUCCAGACACUGGCAUUUCGUCCAAGGCCAUGUCCAUCAUGAACUCUUUCAUCAACGACAUUUUCGAGAAGCUGGCGACAGAGGCGUCGAAGCUGGCUCGGUAUAACAAAAAACCCACUAUCACGUCUCGCGAGAUUCAAACAGCAGUCAGGCUUACCCUCCCUGGUGAAUUGGCGAAGCACGCAGUGUCAGAGGGUACCAAGGCCGUCACGAAAACGAAACCAGGGUCCGCGUCUAUCUUUUCCGACUCUGCCACGUGUCACGACACUAUGUUUACGCCGAACGACAUUCCCCCGUCCCUCGAAUCAGUCCCAACCUUCCGCCCUCCCCCGGCGGAAGAGCCCGCGCAGAGCGCAAGCGCUUACGACCAAGCUCCGCCGUCGCUCGAAUCAGUCCCGACCUUCCGCCCGCCUCCCGCCGAUGGCGCAGCCUCGCAGGGGCUCGGCAUGCCGCCAGGGAGACCAAAUUUGGCAGCAGAUGGAAGGGCUUCAAAUCUGAAUCUUUCCAUAUCGCUCUCAACCAAUGCGAGAGAGACUCAAGGUGGAGGUGCUGAUCUUAACGGGGAUGACUAUAACGAGGAUGGUGACGGGGAUGGGGAGUUGUCCCCCGCCACUCCCACUUUCACCUCGUCAGGCGUGAAAACGAUCAGGCCUGCUAGAAGCCCCGGCCACGUGGCACAAUCCGGACCAUCCGCUCCGCCCAACCACGCUUCCGCUCCCCUCAGCCAUGCACUCCCCCCCGAGCGCCCUCCGCGCAGCUCCUCCCGCUGCCCACGCGACUCCUCCGCGCUCACCGUCAGCUCCCCGUAUCCCAGCAGCUCAGCGCGCACCCCGCGCGACCUCUCCGCGCUAACCGCGCUGCUGGAGCCUCCGCGGGAGAUGCGCCACAGCGGCAGCUUCCGCAGCAGCAGCGCGAGCGGACCGGGCGCAACCCCCAGGGGGAUGCGGAGCGGAAGCUUCCGCGCAAGCACUCUCCGCAGCAACAGCAGUAGCGGGGGGGGCGGCGCUGCUGGCGGCGGUACGGGCGGCGGGGGAGUAGGGUUAGGGGCGGGGAAUAUGGGUGGUAGGUCUUUCAGAAAAGCUCUGUCUUCGAGUGCGAAAAUGCUGGACGCUGUUUCUGCUGUUGGCGAAGGCGUUGGCGAAGGUGUUCUAGACGAUCUAGAAGGUUUAGAAGAGGAGGGGGAGGAAGAGGAGGCGGAGGGAGAGGAGGGAGAGGAGGGAGAGGAGGGAGAGGAGGAAGCAGUGGGUGGUGAGGAUGAGAGGGCGUACAUAGAGGGUAGCUACGAAGCUCAAGCUGCGGCUGCGGCUGCUGCAGUGGCUGCAGCAUCGGCUGCGCUCGCUGCAAAAUCUCCCCGGUUUUCAAAGGCCACUCCUCGCUCUUUCAACUCGCAUCGCUCCUUCAAACCCUCUCACAACCUCAAGUCUCCACGUGCUCUGCGCUCCCCUAGACUCUCUAAUUCAUCCUCUUUUUCCCACUCUCCUCCCCGCUCCUCUUCCCUCCACUCCUCUUCCCUCCACUCCUCUUCCCUCCACUCCUCCCCUCUCCACCCAUCCUCCUCGUUACGUUCCUCCACUCCCCGAGGCUACCCUGCCCGCACCCCAAGGUCUUUCCGAACCUCCGCCAGCUCCAGGUUCGGGCGAACCGAACCUGAUGGAGGUUUUGGGGAAGCAGAUGGUGCUGACGACGGCAGCACAGUUUCUAGGUCUGUAUCAGAAGCCAGUUUAGCUAGUGCAAGCACUGAGACGGUAGUGGAGGCUGAUGAAAGUGGGAAAGCGGGUAUGGGUGCCGAGAAAGACGGGGAUAAGAAGCAUAAGAGCAGCGGUAGCCGGAGCAGUAGCAGGCACAAGGACGCGAGUAAAAGCAAGGGUGGCAGCAGCAGCAGUGGCAGCAAGUCUAAGAGUGAGGAGAGAGAAAAGGAACGAGUGAAGGAUAAAAUUGAGGAUAAGGAGAAGAGACGAGGAAGAGACGGGGCCGGUGAGAAAGAGAGGGAGAGGUCAAAAAGCAAGGAUAGGCAUAAGGAGAAAAAGAGAGAUGAAACGGCGAAGGGAGAGGGGGAGGAGGAGGGAGGGAAGGGAGGAGAGGAGAGGCGGGACGGAGGGGAAGGAGGUACUCGGAGCAGGGAUGAGACGAAGAAGCAUUCGUCUCGGUUCAACAGCCGCAGCACGGGCAAUAAAGACGCGCUCUCUCGACCGAGCACCUCGUCGCGGCCCUCCACCUCCCUCUCCUCGCGUCCCGGCACGUCGUCUCGCAAGUCGGGAGCGUCGAGCUUGAAUUUUGUUGAGAGUGAGUUUGACGCGAUUGUGCAGGAGUUUUCCCGGUCGAAAUCUACGGGCUCGAAAGGGGUUUCGGCAGGGAAAAGAGUGGGAGAAGGGAGGAAAGAUGGGGGUGGGGUGGCGGGGGAGGAGGGAGAAGGAGAGGUGGGAGAGGAGGGGGAGGGAGAAGGUGGGGGAGAGGAGGAAGAGGGGGUGUAUGGGAAGGAACCGGUGUUGAGAGGUGAAGGGAAGGAAGGGAAGGAGGGGAGGGGGGAGGGGAAGGGGGAGAGGAAAGCGUCAGCAGGAGGUGCGGCUGGGCGAGCGGCUACGGCAAUGGCUGCCGCGUUUCGAGAAACGUCCCAAAUGGCUGUUGCAUCUGCAGCUGUAGCGUCAGCUGCUGUAGCAUCGGCUUCGUUCGCGCCUCCCCCGUCGCCCCGCGUGCUUCUAUCGAAGGUGGAGAAGCUGUGGAAAAACUCGGGGAAAAGGGCACAUGGGAAAGGAGGAGGAGCAGGAGGUAGCCACUCUUCAGAUGUCCUUGUGAUUUCUCAUGAGGGGGAGGAAGAGACUGAUCCAGUGGAAAUGCUGAGGCGGGUGGAAGAGGAGCAAAAGAAGAGAGGAACUGUGGGGGCGCAAGGGUGGGGGGCAAUUGGGCAUCUAAACGCGGAUGAUAGAAGGAUGUUUUGGAGGCCUUCUUUGCCGCGGUUGGAGGAAGGUGAGAUGGACGAGGAGACUGUUUCGGACGCUGAAAAGACGCCCAAAGACCUCAUUAAUAACCUCUUGCUUUGGCCUCAUUUCGUCACCAUGAAACGUCACGUGCGGCCCGUCCUUCCAGCCCUCGCCCUCCUCGUGCCUCUCCUCCUCUCACUAACGCGUACAUCCACGGCGCAACAGUAUCCGCUAUGUCCUUUAACGAAGCAGCCGCCGUCGCUCCCCACGGUCCCGUAUCACCGCUGCAUGGAUGCCGCGGCUGCGUCGUGCUGUACGGAUUGCAAGGAGAUCCAGAACGCGCUCGCGGGGGUGUCGGCGAAUGUUUCGAUCAUCAUGCCACAGCUGCUCACGCCGCUAGGGCCCAUGAACGAAGUUGACUACUCGGGGACUACGGCGUGCGACUAUCUCUACGGUUUGGACGACUGCCAGUUUCAUCUCGAGCAGCUCCUUUGCGCGUUAACCUGUAACCCCGAUUCCGGCAACUACGUGUUCGUGAAGGCCGGCAGACCCAUUCUGCGCGUCUGCCCGACGUACGCGCAAGAAGUGUUUCAGUACUGCAAAGACGUCUCAUUGGGCACUGUGCUGGUCGGAGCAGGCUUCCCCACGAAGGAGCUCCUGCUGGGUCGUCUUUUUACUCCUCUCGUGCAAAAGCUCGGCAUUGGCAAUGUCGCCUUUAUCGUGUCGGAGAAAAACUGCUACAGUGGCCCUGCCGCCCUCCCGGACCAACCCGCCUGCUGCGACCCGCUAUACGUCCCUAAGGAGUGCCCCUAUGGCUCCGUCGACACUAAGAAGUACGCGGCCUUUAUAGGCCGUUCGAUGGACAGCGGCAAUGCAUCCAACGCUUGCCAAUGGUUCCCACUCCCAGACGAUCCUAACGCCGCGCCGCUGCCCGAGAAUCCUCCUCUUCCGUACAUUACCGGGGCGGCACACGACCCACCCCCUCCUGAUGUGGGCACACCUUGGUCCUCUGAGCCUGUUCCUAAAAGCAACCCAAGUGUUAUGUCUUAUAAGGGGGCGGCACGUAUGGGAGUCGCCGGUGUAGCAGCGCUCAUGGCAUGUUUGGCUGCUGCUGUUGGUGUUUUUGCUGGUUGA